GGGCUGCGCGUUGAUUGGCGGAGGCGCUAGGCGGGACUUUUGUCCGUGUUAGCCACCGCCUUGUUUAAAUUUGAACUCAGGGACGGGUGACCGGUUGACGAAUCGGAGCGGAAGGGGAUUCCAUAUGGAGACUUCAUUGCCAAAGAAGCAACCGCCAUCCCUCAAGAUGUCCCGUCUUCCUGUGCCACCCAACAGGAAGAGGCAGCUGUGCGAUGAGAACCAGGAGCCGAUGUCGCGGGUAAAGCCAGACCUAGGGAAACGUCCGAGAACGUUAUCCCCAGAGGCCGGCCCGUCAAAAGUUCGGGUGGCAGCGAGCAUCGCCACCACCAGGCCCUACGUGGCUCCUGCUUUACCAAAACCUCAAGUAAUCGGUCGGCAGUCUGUUGCAGUAAUGCAUUCAAGAAACAGAGCAAACUUAUCAGCUACAGCUGCACCAGCAAUACCCAGAGUGACUGUAUCAGCACCCGCUCAGACAGCAGGCGCAAAGAAGCGUGCAGCCUGGGAUUUAAAGGGUCAGAUCAACGACAUGAGAGACCAAGUGACUUCGUACAAGGGAAAGGUGCAGUCCCUCUCUGGAGAGAACGCUCGUCUUGCGAGCACCAAUGAGCAGCUUGCGAAGCAGGUGGCGACGCUGAGUAAUUGUAACACUGAUCUCAGCCAACAGUUAAGAACCGUGGAAUCAAAGCUGGAGUCCUUGGAGAGAGAGGCUCAGCGACUGACUGGCCUUUGCCAGAGACAGGAAAAGGAGCUGGCUAAUGAAAAACAUGCUGUACAAGAGUUACAGGAGACCAGUCAUAAUAUUACAGAACAGCUAAAUCAUAAGGAGCAAAAACUGAUUUGUUUGGAGGGAGAACACUCCACACUGAAAGCACUUGCUACUGAUCAGAGUGCACAGAUCUCUUCCCUGACGCGCACCGUGGAAGAGCGGGAUACACAAGUGUAUGCAUUGGAGACUGAGCGGAGGAGGUUGCAUAACACCGUCCAGGAGCUUAAGGGCAACAUACGUGUAUUUUGCCGCGUCAGGCCCAUCCUCCCUUCGGAGAAGGCCCUUCCUGCUGGAAACAUAACCUUCUGUCCUAAUGAUGAGAAAGCCAUUGUUUUAACAAAGGUGGAGGAGUCCCACAUUGGCAGAGACAGGUCCCAAUCUGUGAAAUAUGACUUUAACUUUGACUGCGUUUUCCCACCGACCACCGGCCAGGCACCUGUGUUCGAGGAGAUUUCAUUGCUGGUCCAGUCCGCUCUUGACGGGUACCAGGUGUGCAUAUUUGCAUAUGGACAGACUGGCAGCGGGAAAACGUACACCAUGGAGGGGCCAGAUGACCUCUCUGCGGAGACCAUGGGGGUGAUCCCUCGGGCCAUUCAGCAGAUUUUCAGCAGUGCAGAGGAGCUGAAGAAAAAGGGGUGGCAGUACAAGUUCACAGCCAGUUUUCUCGAAAUCUAUAAUGAGACCAUCAAGGAUCUGCUGGUGAACCGGCCCGACAAGAAGCAUGAAUACGAGAUCCGCAAAGUAAAUAUCACCAGCAAUGAAGUCUACGUCACCAACCUGCACUAUGUGGAGGUCUCCAGUGUAGAGGAGGUGCACGACCUUCUCCAUGCAGCUAAAACCCAUCGCGCCGUGGCAAAAACGGCACUCAACGACCGGUCAUCUCGUAGCCACAGUGUGUUUCAGCUGAAAAUUGAGGGCGAGAACAAGCUAAGAGAUGUCCAUACAUCGUCUGUCCUAAGCCUGAUUGAUCUUGCCGGGAGCGAACGCUUGGACCGGUCGCUAUCAACUGGUGAUCGGUUAAAGGAAACACAAAGCAUCAAUACUUCACUGUCUGCUCUGGGGAUGGUUAUCGCCUCGCUGUGCAACAAAGAGUCUCAUAUACCCUAUAGAAACAGCAAGCUGACUUAUCUCCUACAGAACAGUUUGGGAGGAAACUCAAAAGUGUUGAUGUUUGUGAACAUUUCUGCUUUAGAUGAAAACUUUGCAGAAUCUUUGAACUCAUUACGAUUUGCCAGCAAGGUCAACGAAUGUGUAAUAGGCACAGCACGGGCAAACAGAAAAUAAGUGACUCGUCUUCUCCACAGUACACAAACCUUUCUAUCUUAAACAGUAAUGCUGUGGUUUUUGGACAUUGUGUUGCCCUUGUUGAAUGAGCCCAACAGUAUUUCAUUACACAGAUGUCAAUAUAUAUAGUGUAUAUGUAUUUGCUGGCAUAUAAGACUACCUUUUAUACUUCAAAAAACUGGCCAAAAAGCAGGG